AUGGGAAGUAGGGUUGAAGAUUCUGUCGUCGUCGUUUUCAAGCUCUCUCUUCUCCUCGCCGUCGCCAUCGAGCUCUCUAUUCUCCUCGCCGCCGUCGAGCUCUCUCUUCUCCUCGCUGUUGUCGUCGAACUCUUUCUUCUCCUCACUGUGAAUUUUGCAAGGUGGGAACCGUGCCAUGGUCCUUUCAGAUAUGGUCACCCUUGGAAACAAUAUUUGAAAAUUGGAAGCUUAUUAAGGCAAUGUGCCUACCUCAUUGAUUCUCUUAUUGGCUUCCUUGAUUAUACCAGCAAGACUCCAUCAGAAACAAAAAGGAAAGUGGAAGAGGCAUGCAUCCAAAUAAGCAAAGAAACAGGAAAAUCUCUAAAGGAAUUAUCAGUGUCAAUCCAAAAAAAGAUUUCACCAUCAUAUGCUGCAAACCCUAGCAUUGAGAAAUCUAAGAUUGUUGCAAUGAACCUCAAGUCCAUUCUCAAAUCAGGGUUAUGGGAAGGAACCAAUAUUCCUCUUAUGAUUGUGAUUUAUUUGCUGUUUGAUGUGGUUUCUUGCACUGAGAAACUCGCUGAGUCAAUACAUGAAUUAUCCAUCCAAGGAAAAUUCAAGAAAAAAGACAAUAAAGUUGCACCAAAUUAUCCAAAUUGUCCUCCUCAUCUUGAUGAACCGUGCCAUGGGGACCAAGAGAAGAACAUUGGUGUUCAUCAUGUUAUUACAAUCAACUAGCCUCCCUUGUGUUAACAUACAAUAAAUCCUUAGUUAACAAUAAAUUAAUCAAUCUGUUAAAUGUGGGUUUGUAAAAUAGAAAUAAACUUAUUAAUAGGGAACUUGUCUUGGAUCAAAAUUUGCACAAAAAAAAAACUGAUGCUUAUAUUUUGG